AUUAGUCCGCGCCACGGCUCAGACGCAGCGCAGACCGACUCCUCAGAGCAGGCGCUUCAGCAGAUACGUCCAAAAAUUGAGCGGUAUUCGCGUUAAUGUAACGCCAACUCGUCUCUCCUUGGUGUUCAUCAAGGGGACGAGGGUCACCCAGGAUUUUACCCGGUUGAGGAUUGUAUUUAUUUGAGCCCUGGAUUGACUUUUUUUGUGGCUGCGUUUUCUCGGAGACGCUGCGUCGCAUCGGAUCUAACGGAUCUACCUUCGCCUCAUCUCCGUGUGCCUUCCGUUAGUAGCGCAGCUACUCGUCUUCUGAGAGCCUUUUCUCCGUAAACUGGACUUCUAUUGCGAAAAAAACAAAUACCUUAUAGCAAAGGAUUCCUUUCCAUCUCCACCUCAUGCGCUGAAAAUAUGCUGCUAUCAAAGUUUGGCUCUUUUUCUCACAUCUGCAGCCCGAAUAGUGUGGACCAUUUGCCGGUGAAAAUCCAGCUUCAGCCAGUGAAAGUGGAGCCAGAGCCGUUUGAGAAGGUCUAUCAGGUGGGCUCUGUGUUGGGAAGCGGGGGAUUUGGGACCGUCUACGCUGCCAGUCGGAUUUCUGACGGUUUACCGGUCGCAGUUAAACAUGUUGCAAAGGAGAGAGUCACAGAAUGGGGCUCCAUUAAUGGUGUGAUGGUGCCUCUGGAAAUCGUGCUGCUGAAAAAAGUAGGCUCCAACUUUCGAGGAGUCAUAAAGCUGCUGGACUGGUACGAGAGGCCCGAUGGCUGGCUGAUCGUCAUGGAGAGACCGGAGCUGGUCAAAGACUUGUUUGACUUCAUCACGGAGAAGGGCGCCCUGGACGAGGGCACAGCACAGGGCUUUUUCCGCCAGGUGCUGGAGGCCGUUCGGCACUGCUACAGCUGCGGCGUCGUGCACAGAGACAUCAAAGAUGAAAACCUGCUGGUGGACCUGCGCACCGGAGAACUCAAGCUGAUCGACUUUGGCUCGGGGGCCAUUCUCAAGGACACGGUGUACACCGAUUUUGACGGUACGAGGGUGUACAGUCCGCCGGAGUGGAUACGUUUCCAUAGAUACCAUGGCCGCUCAGCCACCGUCUGGUCACUAGGGGUGCUGCUGUAUGACAUGGUGUGUGGAGACAUUCCCUUUGAGCAGGAUGAGGAGAUCCUCAGAGGACGACUUUAUUUCAGACGGAGAAUCUCAGCAGAGUGCCAGCAGUUGAUUAAGUGGUGUUUGUCCCUGAGGCCAUCAGACCGACCAACUCUGGAGCAGAUAUUUGAGCAUCCAUGGAUGCGUCACGCUGAAGCAUCUAAGACGGAGGAGGGUGACAUCCGGCUAUGUACCAUCAGUACGGACACUUCCAGCAUGAGCUCCAGCAAGGAGAGCCUCUGAAAGAAAUAACAUCUUUCUCUGAAAAAGAGCUGGGACUCAACAGACUCUUAAUCUGCAUCCCUGUCUUGUCAGGCUUGCAGAUACCUUUUCUUUUUUUUUUUUUUUUUUUUUUUUGUAGGGAAUCAUAAUUUAUUACAGUUUGCUCUUCCUUUCUAUCUUUUUAUUUUAUUAUUAUUAUUUUUUUUACAAUUAAUAAAAUUUGUUUCCUGAUGGAAAACAUUUGCUGUUUGGGCGGACUUACCAGCACUAAUUAUUAUUAUUAUUAUUAUUAUUAUUAUUAUUAUUAUUAUUAUUGUUACAAGGCUGGUUUAUGCAUCUGGCAAGCCUCCUACACAGAUGUGGCUGCUCUCAUAGAGCUUGGACAACUUUUUAUUUAAAUGUUUUAAUUUUUGAUUUGGAGUGCCUUUUUGAAAGCUGCUGUUUUGGGGCUUUCAUUGUUGCUUUUGUUGUUUUGUUUGAAAGUUUCCCUUGAGCUGGUUCGGAGGUUACGUUGUGUUUGGUGAUCGACCAUUGCACAUAAACCUCCAUCCAGGUCAGGGGUCUUACAGUGGGGAGGGGUUGAACGAUAGAAAUACUUGAAACGCACACACUCACUGCGUCUCCUUCUAACGCUGCUCAGUCACAUUUUAGCCUAUAUAGGUUGUCUAGAAAAAAAACUGUUCUUUUUUUCUUUCUCUGAAUGUGUAUAGAGAUUUGGUAUAACCGCUGUACCUUCUGAGGGUCUGGAACGCUCCCUCCCCUCAGCUUACUCUUCUGCUCCUCAUCCCACUGCUGAAUCUACAUUAGUCUCUCUCCUGGGUUUUGGGGGACCUGGGUGUGAAAAUGCACAAUCAAUGCAAUAUUCAUGAAUCCCUUUUUUUCCUCUUCUUCUUCUUCCUCUUCUUCUUUUUUUUUUUUUUUUAAAGAUACACUUGUACAGUGUUGUGCUUUUUUUUUUUUUUUUUUUUUUGUACAGUUUUUCUUCUUUGCAUUUAAUUUAUUUGUAACAUGUAGACAUUCCACACUCUGUGGCUAUUUAUUUUUUAUUUAUUGUCAUGCUUAAAUCCCAAAAUUUGCAUAUCUUUAUAUGGCCUUUUGUUUGCAUUCCUGUUGUCUUUUUUUUUUUUUUUUUUUUACAUUUGGACAAGAGAUGGUGGAUGCACUGAAGCUGUUGUCAAUGUAAAAAGGAAUAAAAACAAGGUUUACUUAAAUUGAAAGAGCGAUGAAUGUUAUUUAACUUCUCUUGGGUGAUUGUUGUCAUUUGAAAUCAAAAGUCCAUUAAUGUUGUUUUUUGGGUCUGUGUAAUCUCCCUAUAACAGAUGGAAGUGUUUUGCAGAAUUGCGAUGGGAUGGGAGUAUACUUAUCACUGGCUGCACUGCCAUGUGUUAAAUAUUCUCUCUAUAGUAAAAUGUAUGACACCCAAUGGAAAUCCUAUUUUUAUACAAGAACAUUUCAAUUAAACUUUCAUUUGUACAGAA